CAUCGUUUUUUGCUUCAUUUGGAAGAAGAAUAAUUAGUCAAAAAAAUCAGUUUUCGAUUUGUUUUUCGAAUGAUUAUUGAAUAUCAAUAAUAUAUAUGGCUACAAAUAUGGAUUCUGGAGUAUCUUGUUUAGAAUUAGCAUUGGAAGGUGAACGUUUAUGUAAAAUUGGUGAUUUUAAUGGUGGUGUUGCAUUUUUUGAAGCGGCCGUUAAAUGUGGAACAAAUGAUAUGAAAACAUUAUCAGCUAUUUAUUCACAAUUAGGUAAUGCCUAUUUUUAUCUAGGUAAUUAUCCUAAAGCAAUGGAAUAUCAUAAAUUGGAUUUAUCGGUUGCCAAAUCAAUAAAUGAUCGAAUUGGUGAAGCAAAAGCAAGCGGUAAUCUAGGUAAUACAUUGAAAAUGAUGAAUCAAUAUGAUUCGGCCGUAUCGUAUUGUAAAAAACAUCUUGAUAUUGCACGUGAAUUGAAUGAUAAGGUUGGCGAAGGACGUGCACUUUAUAAUUUGGGAAAUAUUUAUCAUACAAAAGCUAAAAAUCUUGGUCAUCUUAGUAAUCAUGAUCCAGGGAAUUUUCCACAAGAUGUUGAACAAUGUUUAGAAAUGGCUAUUAAAUAUUACAAAGAAAAUUUAGAAUUAAUGAUCAAUUUGGGUGAUCAUUCAGCACAAGGACGAACAUAUGGAAAUCUUGGUAAUACAUAUUAUUUAUUGGGAAAUUUUUCACAAGCAGUCGAAUAUCAUCAAAAGCGAUUAGAAAUUGCUGUCCAAUUUAAAGAUCGAGCAGCUGAACGAAGAGCACAUUGUAAUUUGGGUAAUGCUCAUAUAUUUCUUGGUGAAUUUGAAAAAGCUAUUGAAAAUUAUAAACAAACAUUAUUAUUGGCUGAAAAAUUACAAGAUCAAUUGAUUGAAGCACAAGCAUGUUAUAGUUUAGGUAAUACAUAUGUUUUGCUUAGAAAUUUCGAUCUGGCUAUUGAAUAUUAUCAAAGACAUUUAGCUAUUGCUAAAAAAAUUAAUGAUCGUAUUGGUGAAGGUAGAGCAUAUUGGAGUUUAAGUAAUGCAAUGCAAGCAAUUGGUAAUCAUCAAAAAGCAAUGGAAUAUGUACAAAAACAUUUAGAAAUUUCAAAAGAAAUUGGUGAUUUAACCGGACAGGAAAAUGCUGAAAUUAGUAUUAGUAAACUACGACAAAAACUUAAUACAGAAUUGAUUACAAAUGAACGAGUAAAAAAUAUAAUGCGACCAAAACGUAUUAGUAUGAAUAAAUUGGAAUUAUUGAAUCUUACACCGGACCAACAACGUCAUUGUAAAAAUGUUGAUGAAACAUGUUCAACAACAUUGAAAAAUCACGAUCGAACACGUGCAGCAAGUUUUGAAUGUGUUACCAAAGGUAAUGAAGAUUUUUUUGAAUUAUUAUCCAAAUUUCAAAGUAAACGUAUGGAUGAUCAACGUUGUUCAAUUGAAAUUAUGUCCAAUAAUAAUAAAGAAAAUAUUCCACAAAAAACUGUUAGUUUUUUAGGUGAAACUAAUAACAAUAAUGAUAAUGAUAAUAAUGGAAAAAAGAAAUCAAAUUAUAUACGUGGUGAUGAAGCAAUUUUUGAUUUGAUUGCCGUUAUGCAAGAUCGUCGUAUGGAUGAUCAAAGAGCAACAUUACCACAACGUUCAUCAACUAUUGCUAAUCAUCAUUCAUCAUCAAAUGGUCUUCCAUCCAAUUUAAAUAAAAUUAAUAAUCCAAAUAAUAGUGGUUCACAACAACAACCGAGUAAUAAUAUGACAAAAAAACCAACACAACGACAAUAUUCAUUGAAUCAAAUUGGUACACGUAAUGCAUUGGAUGAUGAUUUUUUUGAUAUGCUCAUACGAUCACAGGCAAAUCGUUUAGAAGAUCAACGUACUGAAAUGCCAUCAUCAUCAUCAUCAACAACAACAACAACCACCACAGGAUUAUUAGUGAAAAGAUCAUCAGAAAAACGUACCAUAGAUAGACCGAUUAGUGUUUCAUCCACUCAAAGUAAUACACCGACAUUUGCACCAACAGUACCGGAUGAAGAUUUUUUCAAUCUAAUUAUGCGUUUUCAAUCGAAUCGAAUUGAAGAUCAACGUAGUGUUUUACCAACAACAAGUACUUGAUUGGUUCAUCGACAAUAACCACCAAUGUUUUUUUUUUGCCAUGAAUUUAGUUUGUUUUUUCUUUUGGAUUCCUAAAAUUUGUAAAAAUAUUUCCCAAAAAAAACCCCGAUGAUUAUUAUUCGA